GUACGAGCGCGCGCGUUUGAAAAGGGUAGAGUUGUAGUGAUUCGAACUAAAAAGCAGGCGUAAAUUCAAAAACUGGUGGCUGCUGAAUAGUGAAGGCCUAGCUCUUUGUUUGCAAAUAUAUACAUCUUUUGGACUUUUCUGUCGCGUUCUGCUUCUCACCUCACCCCGUGUGCUUGAUAUCUGAUAUUGUCUGUGUUCUAUUAUAAGUGGUUCAUUUUUAGCCUGACUGGCAGCAUUCACAUAAUUAGAACUCAAUAAGGCAGCUCAAAUAUCUAUCAGCGACUGACGCCUUGCAGUUUCACCAUGGAGUUUCUACAUCUUACAAUCGGAAUAUCUCAUGAAUCAAAAAUAAACAGAAAAAUUCAGACGACCGCUGGAUAAAUAAUAGACGGUACACAAGUAAUCUGAGGAAUAAUUGUCCAUUCAAUUUAUAAUAAGAUUGAAUAAUCCCAUAAUUUAUUCAAAAAAAAACAUAGUAAGGACUCACAAUUUUUCUCAAUAAAUUCCUCUUUGGGCUCAACAAUGAUAAAUCCAUUAUUUCAGGCAUACAAUAGCCCGUGAAAGCAAAUUAGAAUCAAAGCAGAAAGUGCAUUGUGGAACAAGUAUAAGAUGGGAUGGAACUAUAGUCAGUUAGUUUAUUAAUAUGCAUGGUCAAUGAGAACAUGAGAUAAAAUAAAAUGAAAUUGUGGUGAGAGCAGCCUGCUAGCUAAUUGGAAGACACCAAUUUACGUCAACGUCUAGGUCAUUAGUAUGGGCCGUGAGAAAAUAUGAACAAGGCUGUUUCAACAACCAAUCACAGCAAACUUCAACGUGGGCAAAUAUCAUUCGCACAUAGAUGGCUCCACUUUCCGAGGAACUCGAAAACAACCAAUCAGAAGACUGCGUUUGUCCACCUCACUAGCCUAUAAUAAUGGCUUUCAUAUACAGUUUUGCUACAAUUGGAGAUGCUGGUGAACCCAUUGCAACUCCAUUUGUUUGGCAGUAUAGUUUGUGUUUAAAGCAUCAGGUGACCCCAGCAGCAUAUGUUCUUUUUGACGAGUUAUACACCAACGAUGAUACCUUUCGCUCUAUAAUUCGGAAUAAAGGAGCAUUAAAUAUUCGUCUUCUUGGAAGAUUUUCUGCCUUUGAAGCUGACAAUAACUUGGUUGAACUUCUGUCUCCAUUCGUUGGGGAUUGUUUACCUUGUGUUAUUGUAGAUGUGAAAUUCUUAUUGGAUAAUCAGAAACAGUGCUUUUCAAAUACAUUAGCCUAUGAACGUUUAAUUCAAUUCAUUGGAGAAUUGAAUAUAUCACCAACAAAUGGAAAGCAUUAUAGACUUACGGCAUUUUCAUUCACUUUUAUGGAUGGUGUCAACUUAGAGUUAUAUAAAACUGCAACAAAAAUCACCCGAAAUUAUGUUAAAUACUUGCCUAAUGUAAAUUUGUAACCUAUUCUAAAAUGUUGUUUUUUUUUACUUUGUAUAUUAUUUUGGAGUUAUUCUGUCAAAUUUUGAUCACAGUUCAUAAUGCGUGUAUUACAGAUAGUUUGAUUUUUCUUCGUUUUUCUAAGCUUUUGUUUUGGUAGUAUUAAACGCGACAUUUAGAAAGCUUCUUAUAGAUCUGUUUAAAAAUUGUCUCCAGUU